AUGCGUGCUCCAAAUGUUGCUCUCUUCCUACUCAGUCUUCUGGUUCUUUACACCAUUUCGGCUCCAGUUGAAGAGAAGAAUGGUCUUACAAACUUUCUUGACGGUCCUGUGUUCGUAAAGAGCCUGCUCCCUGGUAGAUCCGGUAAUGGCGAGCAUUUUCAGGCUAGAGACUUAAUCUCUAAGGAACAGGAUAUCGGUCCGGAUCUGGACAAGAGAAGGGGAGGUAGGGGAGGAAGUCGUUCGCGCACGAAGAAACCUGCCCGCAAAAGGCCUCAGAGGAAGAAGAAGCCGGCGCCAAAGAAGAAACCUGCUCAGAGAAAGAAGAAGCCUAGCACGAAGAGCCCUAAGAAGCCCAACACCCGUAAGCCAACCGCGAAGAAGCCGAAGAAGCAAGCAAAAGCGUGCAAGCCAGCCAAGGGAGUCAAAGGGAAAAAUGGCAAGCUCAGCGGACGAGCACAGCCCGCAGGUGAAAGUUGCCCUCCCAAGAAGAAGGUCACCAAGACGCGUAACUACAAGAUCGCCGAAAAGGCUGCGAAGAAGGCAGGACACAAGCUAGUAUUGGGCGAGUCCUACCUCCUGCGAUUCAAAAGUAAACCCGGCCUAGUGAACCAUCAGGCACUCAUUGUCGGUACUGUGAAGCACCGAAGAGUCAAUCCCAACGAUGGCGCACUCCACUUUGAAGCUUCCUCAUCGGAGCUUACCAAGCCGCUAAAUGUGCCAGUGGGCCGGAUAGCAGCCGCCAAAGAGAAGUGCCGCAAGAUGCAUGGUGCAAAAUGCAAGCAUCGUGGCAUCGAAAAGGUGUAUGACUGCAAACAAACGCUGAAUCACUGGGGGAAGAAGUCUGAGUUUCUGUUUAAGGGCAAUGCCGACCCUGAAUUUGCUGAUCCGAAAACGUUUGUGCAGACAGGCGAGGCGAUCCUUGAGAGGGAUACCACAUAUGACGUAGUCUACAACAACUGCGGAACUCACGCCAGGAAAUUGGAAAACGUUGCUAAGCUCAAGAAGGGACAGGAUCCCCUUGUGGAUGUCGAACUACAAGACCUGGAGAAUUUGACACUAGAGGAGGCCGCAUAG